CGGCCUGACCGCCUGCUAGGUGAUAGCUGAUAGGUCUCUCACACUCGCAUUAGGAUUUUUCUGCUCAAGCCUCAGUUCAUGUGAUAUCCUAACGACGCGAUAAAAAAAAUUGAAACAAGAAGUCACCGAAAUCCGAAUCCUUAUUUGUUCGCUUUGCUGAUUGACAAUGGCGGCACUCACUCUCCAUCUCUCUCACCUUUCCCGCCAAUUGCCUAUCGCGCCUUUCAUUUUUCACUCCUCUCUUAUUUUUCUUCCUCAUAUUCAAACGCCCCGCUCCGUCGCGUUCCGAAGGAAUCAUCAUCGUAGCUCCCUUCUCUUCCCCGGCCAAAGAUCCUCCCGGCGUUUCUCAGUUGUCGCUUCGUCGCCUUCAAGCUCUCCAGGUACGACGUCUUCAUCAUCAUUUUCAGACUGGAACAAUCAUGUUGGAGCUGCUGAAGAGAGAUUUGAUGUCAUUGUAGUUGGAGGAGGACAUGCAGGCUGUGAAGCUGCUCUGGCAUCAGCCCGUCUAGGGGCAAAAACACUUCUCCUCACUCUGAAUAUAGAUCGAAUAGCUUGGCAGCCUUGCAAUCCAGCAGUGGGUGGACCUGCAAAGUCACAACUAGUUCAUGAAGUGGAUGCCCUGGGGGGAGAAAUUGGGAAGGUUGCUGACAGGUGCUACUUACAAAAACGAGUUCUCAACAUGUCACGAGGUCCUGCUGUCCGGGCAUUGCGAGCACAAACUGACAAAAGAGAAUAUGCUACACGCAUGAAAAACAUUGUGGAGAGCACCCCAAACCUUUCUAUUAGAGAGGCGAUGGUAACUGAUAUUUUGGUUGGGAAAAAUGAUAAUGUGGAAGGUGUCUGUACAUUUUUUGGCAUGAACUUCUGUGCACCUUCAGUUAUUCUCACUACUGGAACUUUUAUGAGUGGUAAGAUUUGGGUUGGUAGAACUUCCAUGCCCGCAGGAAGGGCUGGUGAAUCGGCUUCACACGGACUCACUGAGAAUUUGCAGCGUCUUGGAUUUGAAACUGACCGGUUGAAAACUGGAACUCCAGCACGUGUGGACAGUCGUACUGUCGACUUUUCAGGAUUGGAACCACAGGAGGGAGAUCAUGAGGUCAGCUGGUUCAGUUUUGAUCCUGAUUCCCACAUUGAAAGAAAACAAAUAUGCUGCUAUUUGACACGCACCACAAAAAGCACUCAUGAGCUCAUUAAGGAAAACUUGCAUGAAACUCCUACAUAUGGAGGAUGGGUUGAAGCUAAGGGGCCUAGAUACUGCCCUUCCAUUGAAGAUAAGAUAGUGAGAUUUAAAGAUAAAGAGUCCCAUCAAAUAUUUCUUGAACCAGAAGGUCGAACUGUACAUGAGCUUUAUGUGCAGGGGUUUUCAACUGGUUUACCAGAGAGAUUACAGUUACCAUUGUUGAGAACUUUGCCAGGACUAGAAAAUUGUUCCAUGCUAAGGCCUGCUUAUGCUGUAGAGUAUGACUACUUGCCUGCUCACCAGUGCUCGAGGUCUCUUAUGACAAAGAAACUUGAGGGACUCUUUUUCUCUGGUCAGAUAAAUGGAACGACAGGCUAUGAAGAGGCUGCAGCACAGGGUAUCAUUUCUGGUAUCAAUGCUGCCAGAUUUGCAGAUGGUAAGUCCCUUAUUGUUCUCGAGAGAGAAAGCAGCUAUAUAGGGACAUUAAUUGAUGAUUUGGUUACUAAGGACCUCCGGGAGCCUUACCGCGUGCUGACAAGCCGCUCAGAGCACCGGUUACUUCUUCGAUCCGAUAAUGCUGACAGUCGUCUCACACCUUUGGGGCGUGAAAUUGGUUUGAUAGAUAAUAGACGCUGGAAACAGUAUCGGGAUAAGCAAGAUCUGAUUUCUAAAGAAAAGGAGCGAUUGAAAGCUGUCAGGAUUUCAGGAGGAGAUUUGGCUGCUGAAGUUACUCGACUUUCUGGUCAGCCAGUUAAGGACUCCUCAACAUUGGAGAGUCUUCUAAAGAAACCACACAUACAGUAUGAAGUUCUUGAUAAUCACGGUUUUGGAAGUAAAAUAUUAUCUAGGGCAGAGAAAGAAUGUGUAGAGAUUGAUAUCAAGUAUGAGGGCUUCAUCAUUCGCCAGCAAAACCAACUCCAACAGAUGGUCCAUCAACAACAUAGGCCACUUCCUGAGAACUUGGAUUACUAUGCAAUGACAACUUUGUCUCUUGAAGCGCGUGAAAAACUCUCCAAGGUCAGGCCACAAACAAUUGGUCAAGCGAGCAGAGUUGGUGGGGUGAACCCUGCUGACAUCACUGCCCUUCUUAUUAUCCUUGAAGCGAACCGAAGGAAAGCUCAGGAAAAGAAGAGGCACCAGAUGAUGACUUCUCCUGAGAUAGAUACAGAUGAUGUUUGUGAAGUUUCUUUGACUGAAGCUAUCAGCUCUUAGAAUUCCCCUAAUGGAUCAUCCUUCAAUAUUGGAAGCCUUCGUGCUCUCUCCAUUGCCAGGAAAUUGGUGUGCUGCCUAAAAGCUAUUAUUAUUUUCCUCUGUAUGAGAUCAGGGAGCUGAAUUCUGACAGUUCAUUGACAUGGGAAAUACAAUUCCUUGGAAGGCAAAUAUUUGGGGUACGAAACUCUGUAUCUUCUUUGUUUUCCCAUUUACUAACAGAACCAUACAGUCAAUCCAUCUCCUAGUGUUGAAACAGCAAGGGUAAAGGUCAGUUCUGCUGUACUCCGAUUUAAAGUUUUGGAAUGUGGCUGUUUAAUUAUAUCUAUGUAAGAAUUUUGUGUUAUAGUCCUCUUUCACAAAAUUUUGUUUAUUAUUGUAUUGAUCAUAUCCCAUUAUUCAUGUGUGUAUAUUAAUUA